AUGUCUGCUGCUGCUCAAACCGCACGUACGUCCGUUCACAGCCCGCCUGCCAGCACUGCCCCUUUGCAUCACCCUCAGCAUCAAGAUCGAUCUGGCAUCCCGAUCCACUCGCACCCAUCCAAACUCCUCGACACCAGCGAGGGCAGUCGUGUCAGCACUACCGGCGGGAAGAACAACGGCAGCAACAUCAAUUCGCCGGCGGCUGUAAAACCGACGCUACCACGAACAACACCAACCUCCGCCAAGAAACCGCACGCGCCAGCCGCUCACGUUGCUACCACUGUGGCCUCCUCCACCUCCCUAUCAUCAACAUCGUCAUCACCAUCAUCAACGCUUCUUGCGAUUGCGACUACUACUGGCACCUCGAACACCGGUCAACCUGACAAGAACAUCCGCCUGGCUGAGACGACCUCCACUCAACUAGGACGAUCGCAGCUGGAGCAGUUACACUUGCAAUUGCAAACAGCCGCCAAUCUUCGAGCAAAACUCCAGCUUCAACAACAACAACCACCACCCAGCAGCGCGGAUCACCUCUGGCUUGGCACCACCUCCUUCACCGCCAAGACUAUUGAAUCAUCGUCCACCUCCGACUCGGACUCUACCACCAGCAGUAGUAGUACGAGUCAUUUCGAUUUCCACCCAACCUCUGCUUCUGCUUCUGCUUCUGCCGCCGCCGCUGCUGCUGCUGCUCUGGAAAUGGUUCGUCGUACCCAGUUUGUCUGCGGCCACGAAGAUUGCUUGAAGCGCGUCAAGCCAAACAAGCGCAACAACGUCGAGUCGCACGUCUGGAUGCAACACCUGCGCCGCACGACGGCAGGCUCGGAGACGGUUCCCUACGUCGCCAAGCUGCACAAAGACCUCGUCCAACACCUCGUCCUGCCGCUCGACGAGUUUAUGGGCACCACCACAUCGCGUCUGCGCCGCAACGCGCUCAAGACACGCACGGGCGCUGGCCGCGCAUAUUCGAUCGCCGCCCGCCGCCGCCGCGCCGAUGGCAUGGAUUCGGACGAAAGCGACUAUGACUCGGAAGAGGAAGGCAACUCUGACCUCGAGCUCGAGGAUGACGUUGAUCACGUCAGCAUUGGCACCAAAAAGUCCAAGGACACACACUCCACUCCAAGCGUGCACCCCAGGCCGGUCGCUGGCGCGGCUGCUCCCUACACCAUCAGCGACGCGCUCUUCCUUCCAGCGGGAGCCGACACGUCCAUGUUUGACAUGUCUUCCUCCUUUGCCGACUUUGACUCGUUCUCUGGCGCGGUGCGCAUGACAGCAGGCCCAGCAUCCGUUGAAAGCUGCGACUCGGUCAGUAGCAGCGCCAUUCGUGAGGCGGACUCGUACCUUCAGCUGAGCGCUGCCGACUCGGACAGCAGCCAGGAUGGCACUCCACUGGACAACAGCAACAAUAACAAUAACAACAACAACAACAACAACAACAACAACAACAACAACAACAACAACAACAACAACAACAACAACAACCAGGCUGACCAGCAUCGCCAAGAAUCUAACGUGAGCGUUGCUGCUGCCUCCGACAACACCGAUGAUGGCACUGUCAUCGAGUCAUCGGCACACAGCGAAUCCCGAAACACUUCCACCAUGACCAACACCCGCCCACGUUUGAUUGAUCACCACGUUCGCGACAUUCAGCGCCAAAGCCGCCGCACAGGCCUGACUGGCGCGAUUCCUCCGCGGAAGCUUGCCAGCAAGGAGCACGCUCGCGUUUCACCCUAUCCGGCGACCGCUGAAUCGGUCGAUUCCGUACAACGCUUUGGCGCGUCCCAGCAGCAGCAGCAGCAGCAGCAGCAGCAGCAGCACCAACAACAACAACUACAACGGCCGAGCAUCGUCUCGUACUCUGAAAGCAGCUGCAGCAGUGACGACACCGCCUCCGAAGGAGACGACGACGAGCUGCAGCAGGGCCAGACGUACCAGCCUCUGCAGCCUGCCUAUUUGGCACAGCCCACGAAAGAGCAGCACCCCCACCCGCAACAACACUUUAUUCAACAGCAACACGCACCCCAGCAACAAUCACCGCAGCCCAAAGUCGAUCGUCUCAUGUCGCUCGCAACUCUCGCCGGAGUGUGCAUGAUGCAGGAGCAAAGCGCUCGUGCGCGCCGUGAAAGCGAAACUCUUGCGCAUGUUCCCCGUGAAAGCGAGACUGCCGCGCACAUCCCGUGGGCGUUGAACGGUGCACCAAAGUUCAACUCUGUGCCCGCCUCGCCGCACUUGAUGCCAUUCUACCCUCAGUAUUCGCACAUGCACCCCCAGCAGCAACCGCAGCCCCAACUCUUCACAUACGCCUAUCCCUCGCAAGGCUCUCAAGUUGUUGCCAUUUCGCCAAUCAUUGUGCCGACGGCGUCGCCACUAUUCCUUGCCUCCGAUGGCUCGCAACCAUUCACUCCCCGUGGUCAUUGGUCGCCAAGUCGCCGAGCAUCUUCGCCGCUUGGCUGGUUCCAAUUGCCUCCAGCCAUGAUUCCCCCAUCCGAGGCACACGUCAAAACCCUGUAG